AUUUCUCUCCUCUUGGUCCAGUCCAACAUGGCACUCUCUAUAUUGACCUCCGUCGCCUCUCUGGCCGCACUCUCCGCUUACCUCGAUGCGAAAUAUCACAUUCGGCAUGACCUUGCCACAGGCCGCAGCGGUCUGGAUCCAAUCGCAUCCGACCUGACUUGGCUUCAGGAUCGCGCCUCUCAGCAUAAAUUAUUGACUUACGACAUCCUGGAGCACCACGCCUCUCACCAACCUCACCAUCCCUUCGUCAUAUUUGAGGGAAGAACUUGGAGCUAUGCCGAGUUUUUCGAAAGUGUCAAGGGCGUUGCUAAUUGGCUAGUCAAUGCUGUGGGGAUGAAGGGUGGACAGGGCGAGAUGGUCGCUCUAGAUGGUGGGAACUCGGUUGAGUAUCUGAUGGUCUGGUUUGCUGUGGAAGCCUUGGGUGGGUGCUUGAGCUUCGUGAAUUGGAAUCUUACUGGUGAUGGACUGGUGCACUGCGUCAAGCUAUCCGACGCAACAAUCAUGAUUGCCGACGAAGACGUCAAACAAAACAUCGAGCCCGUCCGUCCCCAACUGGACCAACUCGGUUGCAAAAUCUCUUACUACUCCCCCACACUCUUCUCCAACCUCACGGAUACAACGCCCAUCCCUCCCUCAGCGCGCGAGAACGUGACCAUCGAGUCCCUCCGCCAACUCAUCUACACAUCCGGCACAACCGGUCUCCCAAAAGGCGUCAUCAGCACGACCGGCAAAGAGCUCCUGAUCGGCAAAAUGGUAGCCAGAUACCUCAAUCUCCAGCAAUCCGACAGAAUGUACACGUGCAUGCCGCUCUACCACGGCGCCGCACACUCUCUCUGCACAACGCCCAUCAUCCACGCCGGCGCCACCAUCAUCCUCGGCCGCAAAUUCAGCCAUCGCACCUUCUGGCCCGAAGUCCACGCCGGCGCCGCAUCUACGAUCCAGUACGUCGGCGAACUGUGCCGCUACCUCCUCAACGGCCCUCCGCACCCGCUCGAACGCCAGCACGUGGUCCAGCGCGCGUGGGGGAACGGGAUGAGGCCAGAUGUGUGGGAGCCGUUCCGCGAGCGCUUCAACAUCCCCGUCAUCAACGAAUUGUAUGCUGCGACGGACGGGUUGGGCUCCAUCUUCAAUCGCAAUCGUGGGCCUUUCACUGCACAUGCGCUUGGGCUUCGGGGCGCGAUUUGGAAUUGGCGGUUCGGCGACGAGGAGGUCAGGGUGAAGAUGGAUGUUGAUACGGAAGAUAUCCUGAGGGAUGAGCACGGGUGGGCGGUGCGGUGUAAAGACGGCGAGGCGGGUCAGGUGUUGCAUCGGUUGACCGACGAGACUGAUGUCGGGGGCCCAGCGUACUAUCAAAACGAGGGCGCCACGAAAAACAGGAGAAUCCGCGACGUUUUCAAGAAAGGGGAUCUCUGGUUCAAAUCCGGCGACAUGAUGCGCCAGGACCCCUCAGGCCUCGUCUACUUCGUCGACCGCCUCGGCGACACCUUCCGCUGGAAAUCCGAAAACGUCUCCACAAACGAAGUCUCGGACGCUCUAACCCGCUUCCCCAGCAUCGCCGAAGCAAACGUCUACGGCGUCUCGAUCCCCGGCUACGACGGCCGCGCGGGGACCGCGUCCAUAGUGCUCACUCCCAACACUAACAUCGGCGACGUCGACUGGACCGCCGUGGCUAAACACGCGAGGAGCUUGCUGCCGGGGUACGCUGUCCCGCUGUUUCUUAGGGUCGCGAGGGAGCUCGAGUACACGGGGACGCUGAAGCUGCAGAAGGGGAGGCUGAAGAGGGAGGGCGUGGAUUUGGGGGUUGUUACGGGUGGGGAUUGCUGGUUUUGGUUGCCCGAGUUGAGUGGCGGGUAUGUGCCAUACACCGAGAAGGAUUGGGAAGCGAUCAAGGGGAAGAAAAUUCGAUUGGCGUGA